GGAUCGAGAGAUGUGCUUCUGAUUCAUGGGGAAACAUGUUUCGAUCUUGAGGAACUUGAAAUGAACAGUUCACGGAUUUUGGUUUCUGGUUUUCCAGAUGGAACAAGCCAAACAGCGUUGAUGAUAUACUUCCAGUCGGUGCGAGAAUCUGGAGGCGGAGAUGUCGAAAGUAUCGACAUUGAUCGUAGAACAGACCAAAUCACCUUCGAAGAAGCUCAAGUCGCAGACAGAGUGUUGAGCCGAUCCCAUACUUUUAAGAACUGCACGCUUCAAGUUACUCGCAUGCCCAUGCAUCAAGUAAAACCUUCCAGAUUGGAGGAAAAUAGGAGAACUUCACUGGAUGAGCAGUUUAAAAAUCAAGACACUCGUCAAAACAACAGGAGACAGCGAGAUGACGCUUCGGAAGAACCUCCUUCUCCUCAAGAGUCUGCCUCUGCAGCAUCAGCCCAGAAUGGAUCACCAAUUCCUAAACUCCAAUACACAAUCGAAGUUACCGGUUUGCCAGAAGAUGCAUCUGAGGAUUUGGUGACAAACUACUUCGAAAACACCAGACGUUCUAAGGGGGGUGCUGUGUCUUCCGUAGUCAUGACACCCGAACUUCGGAAGUGCCUGGUCACCUUUGAGUCUCCUGAUGAUGCAGAGCGGACGAUAAAUUAUUCAUCUCAUGUGUUGAGCGGAGCAAGUAUACAAGUCUCACUGUUUGAAGAGGAGGAGGAAAGUGCCGUAAACUCCGGUGAAAACGGAGAAGACGAAGAGGAGGAAGAUGGCAUCACCAUUAUUGUCAGCGGCAUCAUGCCCUCCACCUCAGAGGAUGCAGUGAUCUUCUACUUCGAGAAUUCUAGACGAUCAGGAGGAGGCGAUGUCUCCGAGAUCCAUUUCAACGAAAAAGGGGAAGCGAUCAUAACUUUUUCUGAGGUUAAAGCGCCUUCUCGAGGGGUGACACAAAAUUGACGGCCAAAUGAUAACAGUGGUGCGACAGCC